GCACCUUUGGGGGACGGGCACCCAAAUUUGACAGGUACCCGCUCCCACUUCCAGUCCGAUCGCCUAGGCGAUCAGAAAUGGAAGGUGUCCUCCAUCCCUCCCUGUAGUCUUUUGGGACACGUAACAGGUCCCAGAAGACUACAGGGCCAUUCAUGAAGUUCAGCAGUACUCGGGCAUGUGCAGUGGGUACCCGGCUGUGAAGCCGCAAGCUGCCACAGGCAGGUACCCACUCCCCCCCCCCCCCUUAAAAAAAGUACCACUACGUAAGGAGAGGGCAAGGGGCCUUAAAGUGGAACUUUCCCUUUUGGGUGGAGCUCCG